CCGCCCUCGGCCCGCCCGCCGAGGAGGGGACGGGAGCGGGAGGCCGUGCCAGCGGCGCCCGCCCGGGGCCCGCCGCACUCUGCUCUCGGCCGCCCGGGCUGCGGGGACCGGACGGGGACCGACCGGCGCUGGCUGCGCGGGCGGAGUGCCGAGUCCAGGCCGGAGCCGGAGCCGCAGAGGGAGGCAAGAGGGCAGCGCGCCGAGAUGGCGGCCCCAGCGGCCGCGGCGGUGGAGGAAGGGAUGGAACCGCGGGCGCUGCAGUAUGAGCAGACCCUGAUGUAUGGCCGUUACACCCAGGACCUUGGGGCCUUUGCCAAAGAGGAAGCCGCUCGCAUUCGCCUGGGAGGGCCUGAGCCCUGGAGGAGCCCGCCCUCCCCUCGGACUCCCCCAGAGCUCCUGGAAUAUGGACAGAGCCGCUGUGCCCGAUGCCGCAUGUGCUCUGUGCGCUGCCACAAGUUCCUGGUGUCCAGGGUUGGUGAAGACUGGAUCUUCCUGGUCCUGCUGGGGCUCCUCAUGGCGCUGGUCAGCUGGGCCAUGGAUUACGCCAUCGCUGCCUGUCUGCAGGCUCAGCAGUGGAUGUCCCGGGGCCUGAACACCAACCUCCUGCUCCAGUACCUGGCCUGGGUCACCUACCCCGUCGUCCUCAUCACUUUCUCCGCCGGAUUCACACAGAUCCUGGCCCCUCAGGCUGUGGGGUCCGGCAUCCCCGAGAUGAAAACCAUCUUACGGGGAGUGGUGCUGAAAGAAUACCUCACCCUCAAGACCUUCGUAGCCAAGGUCAUCGGGCUGACCUGUGCCUUGGGCAGUGGGAUGCCACUGGGCAAAGAGGGCCCUUUUGUGCAUAUUGCCAGCAUGUGCGCCGCCCUUCUCAGCAAGUUCCUCUCCCUCUUUGGGGGCAUCUAUGAGAACGAGUCUCGGAACACAGAGAUGCUGGCUGCCGCCUGUGCCGUGGGCGUGGGCUGCUGCUUCGCCGCCCCCAUCGGAGGCGUCCUAUUCAGCAUUGAGGUCACCUCCACCUUCUUCGCCGUGCGCAACUACUGGCGCGGCUUUUUCGCCGCCACCUUCAGCGCCUUCAUCUUCAGGGUCUUGGCUGUCUGGAACCGGGAUGAAGAGACCAUCACCGCGCUCUUCAAAACCCGAUUCCGGCUCGACUUCCCCUUCGACCUGCAGGAGCUGCCAGCCUUUGCGGUGAUUGGAAUCGCUAGUGGCUUCGGAGGAGCCCUCUUUGUCUACCUGAACCGGAAGAUCGUGCAGGUGAUGAGGAAGCAGAAGACCAUCAAUCGCUUCCUGAUGCGAAAACGCCUGCUCUUCCCAGCCCUGGUCACCCUGCUCAUCUCCACUCUGACCUUCCCUCCUGGCUUUGGACAGUUCAUGGCUGGACAGCUCUCACAGAAGGAAACACUGGUCACCCUGUUUGACAACCGGACCUGGGUCCGCCAGGGCCUGGUGGAGGAGCUCGAACCGCCCAGCACCUCACAGGCCUGGAGCCCGCCUCGCGCCAACGUCUUCCUCACCCUGGUCAUCUUCAUCCUCAUGAAGUUCUGGAUGUCCGCGCUGGCCACCACCAUCCCAGUGCCCUGUGGGGCCUUCAUGCCUGUGUUCGUCAUUGGAGCAGCAUUUGGGCGACUGGUGGGAGAGAGCAUGGCUGCCUGGUUCCCCGACGGGAUUCACACAGACAGCAGUACUUACAGGAUCGUGCCCGGGGGCUAUGCUGUGGUGGGGGCGGCUGCUCUGGCAGGAGCGGUGACCCACACAGUGUCCACGGCCGUGAUCGUGUUCGAGCUCACGGGCCAGAUCGCCCAUAUCCUGCCCGUCAUGAUCGCUGUCAUCCUGGCUAACGCCGUUGCGCAGAGCCUGCAGCCCUCCCUCUACGACAGCAUCAUCCGAAUCAAGAAGCUCCCCUAUCUGCCUGAGCUGGGCUGGGGCCGCCACCAGCAGUACCGCGUGCGAGUGGAAGACAUCAUGGUGCGGGAUGUUCCCCACGUGGCGCUCAGCUGCACCUUCCGGGACCUGCGGCUGGCACUGCACAGGACCAAGGGCCGCACGCUGGCCCUGGUGGAGUCUCCUGAGUCUAUGAUCCUUCUGGGUUCCAUCGAGCGCACGCAGGUGGUGGCGCUGCUGGCUGCCCAGCUGAGCCCGGCCCGCCGGCGGCAGUCCAAGCAGAAGCGCAGGGUGGCCCACACCUCUCCACCGUCCUGUCAGGAGAGUCCCCCCAGCCCUGAGACUUCCGUCUGCUUCCAGGUGAAGGCCGAGGACGCCCAGGGGGAGCCUCACAAGCCCCUAAAGCCUGCUCUCAAAAGGGGGUGCAGCAACUCCGUGAACCUCGGGGAGAGUCCCACAGGGCACGUGGAGUCGGCCGGCAUCGCGCUCAGGAGCCUCUUCUGUGGCAGUCCCCCUCCAGAGGCCGCGUCAGAAUCGGAAAAGUCAGAAUCCAGUGAGAAGCGCAAAUCGAAGCGAGUCCGAAUCUCCCUGGCAAGUGACUCGGACCUGGAAGGUGAAAUGAGCCCGGAGGAGAUUCUGGAGUGGGAGGAGCAGCAGCUAGAUGAACCUGUGAACUUCAGUGACUGCAAGAUUGACCCUGCUCCCUUCCAGCUGGUGGAGAGGACCUCUUUGCACAAGCCUCCCCCGGGGCGAUGCGCAAGGCGGCAAUGCUGAUGUUUGUUGCAUGCUCCUGAGGUGCCGGGCACUUUGCUACUCACGUGUUUGACUUAAGGCUCACAAGCGCACAAGGAGAAGAUGGACAUUGUGAUAUUCCAGCUCUUAGUGAUGAGGAAAUGGAUAGAGUUAAGAAGCUGCGCCAGAUUGCACCAGCAGAACUGGGCCUGGGAGCCUAGAUGAUCUGCCCCGACACGUGAAGGUCUUUUUUUUUUUUUUUUUUUGGACAGGCAGAGUUAGUGAGAGAGAGGUCUUAACCACUUUACAUAUGGGGAAACUGAGGCGUGCAGUGAGGACGCCAUUUGCCCAAGUCAGGAUAGCGGUCAGGCCCAGAUUUCUGAGUUCCUGGCUCCGCUCCCAGGAUGCUUUGAGAAGGCCAUGUUGUCCCUUUCCCGGUCAGCUCACUGUUCCCAAGCCCAGGCCCUGGCCUUCCAAUGAGGCAAUCUGGUGUCUAAUUAAAUUAAGAUGAAAAAGAACAAAGUCACUGUUUGUAACAAGCCUAAAAAUCAGAGGAAGAGACGAAGCCUUUAAGGAACCCACCAAGGAAAGCACCAAGAACUGGAAGUGAUCAGAACAUGAAAGAUUAGAAUUCAGAAUGUCCUUGCUGGCCUGAGCCAUCACCAAGCAGCAGCCCAUUCAGAGAGGAGACGGGCUGCACGGGCGCCGUUCAGGGACCUGUGCAUCAGCCCCAUGCUUCGUCCAUGCAGCGGCUACCCACGCAGAGGCCACGGCCACAGCAUCUGAACCCAAACCCUGCCUCUGCCGCGUGCCAGUUGACUAGGUAACCUUGGCACAUGUCCUAGUCUCUGCACGUCUCUUGCUGUAUCUCAACAAUGGGAUCACACCUCGGGAUUUUGUGAGGAUUAGGGAACCUGAAACAUGUGAAGCACUUAAGAGUCGUGCCUGGCACGCAGUCAGCCCCCAGCUGGUGUCAGGAGUGACGGCCACCCCGCGUCCUGAGGGAGGACCAAGGGCCACUCGCGGAGGCGGCGUAACGAACGGCUGACGGGUAACGUGAUGGGGGGUUUCCAGAACAGGCUGAAGCCCCCGUCCUGAGGGAACUGCAAGUGUAGGAAAACAGCCCGCACGUUCUGAAACAGACUGGGACGGCUUGGUGACUGCUAGGGACAAGGGGUUUAUUACCUAAAAGGCAAAUCACCUGCCAGAAACUCGCCGUGAUUAAGAUUGUGGAGAAAAAGAAUUUCCAAGGGAACUACUUGGGAGGUUCCUUGGGAGAAGAUGGAAGGGAUUAUUUGACUGCCAGGAGGCAAAGCUAAGGGAUUUUUUUUAAUGGGAAACCUCAUAAUAAAGACAUUUCUCCCUGAAGUUGGACAAGUUGGGAAAUGAAUGUUAAGCUGUAGCGUGUAGGAUUCAAGCUGCAUAUGAGGAGCAACUUGGCUAACCACGUGGUCAUUCUGUUACAGAUAUUGAAGGAACACAGCUUAUUCUCAAACUGAA